AUGGAGGUAUUCGAGGAUCUUCAGGCGGCUUUAGCCCAAGCAUGUACAGUCUCAGUUAGCCAUGCUCAAAAACAGAUUGAAACGACGAUAGCCGCUUACAAAACACGCCUGGAGGAAGCUGAGAGGUGCAAGUCAGCCGCUGUUGAGGCCCAGAGAGCCGCCGAGGAAAGGGUUAACGAGCUUCAACGUCACGUAGGCGUGCUGAAAAGGGAGCUUGGCACCUACAACAUCGACCCGCGAGAGCUGGAGCCCCCCAAAAAUGUACGCAAUCUCGAGAAAGAUUAUGCGCCAAGCAGUGUCUGGAAGGAGCGAGAACUUGAUUCGAGUCAACUGCAUGAAAUCCUGAAGACGAAAUACACAAUGCUCUAUGAUGGCCUUCGAGAAUUCGUCCAAAGCUGGAGUGGCCUCAAAGCAGUGACUCUGCAGCAUAAGAAGAAAUUGCAAAAUUGGGAGCGGCAGCUGAAGCGCAAAUCUUUCAGUGUCACCGUGGACAACAGCCUGGUCACUUUCACGAGAUCCAAGAACCACGAAGGAGACACAAAUGACAGACCUACGCAGUUGUCCAUGCAAAUUGGUAGCGCGGACGACAGCUCAUAUCCAGCGCAGAGUCGCCCUCAAAUUCAACGGGUCGACCGUGGUGAGCACCUUCACAACCCGAAGCCGGCGACAGCAUGUGGGCCUCGACCGAGGGAACACUUACAGAACGACAAGGAUAAAAAUCCAGCCAGUUCCUCUAUGGUCACAUCCACCGAGGAGACAUUGACAAGCGACGGACUCUCUUCCGAAUCAAGUUCUGACCUUCCACCCAACCUCCAGACGAGGAAACGAAAGCGGAUUCACGCAUCUGACGAAGAGGAGCCAAGACCUGGUGCACCCGAAAAGCCAGUACUAAUCAAAUCCGAGAUAUUAUCAUCAAGUCCUGCCCGUCAAGACGUUGUGACGCAUUGCACCCUGACGCACUUCCCAAGCACCCAAGACCUCGAUGAAAUUGGUGGCACUGUGCAGACCCCCACCAAGAAGCAGCCUUUCAAGGACAUCCCACAACAUGGAGAAAAAGAAGUCUCUGCAGGAAAUCCACCAGUAUCCACUCCCACACACUCAGCCAAGACGGUUGGUAUCUUGCAGCCUGUGGAUGGGAAUGCGAGAGCGUCUAGGAUCCACAUGCGAGGCUCCAAUGCUAAAAAGCCCCGUCCUUCAACAGUCGCUGCUCUGAUGAUGGCAGAAGACGGUGACUCCGGCGACGUUCAGGAUUGUGCCGGAAGAAAGCGUGCCAAGACCCCCAUCAACGGUGCAACACCCAAGGCUAGACAGGACGGAAGUAGUCGCCUUCACAGUCUUCUUGAAGGGCUGCCGCCUUCCAAGUCGCCGCUGCAAUCUCCAAUAAGAGCACCAGGCCAUAUACCGAGUCCGAGUUCUCGCUUGAAGAAGUCCAAAGCAAAGACGAAUACAUCUGCGUCUCCACGUCCACAGGCAGCGCACCAAGGCCCUGCAGCGCAGUGUGGCCUCGAGCUGCGGCCAGAAGACGAACCAUUUCGGUCACGUCCUUUACAUCGGUUAGGCCUUCAUCACUUCAAAAUCAACCCAGCUGUGAACGCAGGUCUCGAUUUCGCUUAUAGCGAUGUGAUCCGCAGAAAAGAUGAACGGAAGUGCAUGUCCGGUUGUACACGUUCGGGGUGCUGUGGAGACCGGUUUCGCGCUAUGGCUCGGAUGGCUGUUCACAGCGACAACAAGACAGCGGAGCAGAUUGAAACGGAGCAGCGGAUCAUCAGAGAUUACCUCGGUGAGAAUGGAGUCAAUGCGCGGGAAAUGACCGAAGAGCAAUGUGACGAUUUGCUAGUGGAGGCUUUUACCCGUCAUUAUGCCAAUCAAUACGGAAGGCAUCGACACACGCAUGAGCGCGCUCGAAGCCCGCCUGGAUUUUGGCGCACAGAAAUGCCGUCCACGCAGGAAAUUGAAGCUGAUCGAGAAGCCGCGCGGAAGAUGGAGCGAGAGAAAGUCGAAGAUCGAUACCGAGAGGCGAUGCGCCCCGGAGGACGCUGGUUAUGGGCUGAUGAAUGA